UGACUGGAAAAGCUUCUGGCACUGCCUCUUCUUGAAGCCUGCUUCUGGACAACCUAUUGCACUCUGUGGGACUUAAUACAUCCCGUUUUAUCCCCUGGAUCCAAUAUACACAGCAGAAAAGCCCAGGUGGAAGUGGAACACAUCAUCACUGAAUGCACAACAGGUGUAGACAUUAUACAAGAGAUGAUUCGAGCUGCUAUAAAGGCUACCCUCUGCAGUUGACUCAAGCAUGCAAGCAAUGUUUCCAUCAAUGGCUGGGCAGAGUGUAGAUUCCAAUCUGAGUGAACUGGUAGCAGUAAUUGUGUGCAUGUUCAGGCAGAUCCUGCUUGAGACCUUCCUAACACAAUCAUCCAAGAGUACUUUUUCAUUAAAAGUUGGGAGUGAGAGCUAGUGCAUCAUGAUGCUUGUUGGCAAGUGGACUGCAUUGCUUGCCAUUUUGUUGGUUUGUUGCCAUCAUCCAGUGAACGGUCGAGGUGCCUCCAAUCUUGUAUUUGUGGCCAACCAAUUCCCUCCAGGGAUCUACGUAGCUCAGGCAGAUACCUUCAAUUUCACCGUCAUCCCUGGUACUUCAGACCCUUCCUUUAAUCCUCUUGCUGUUGACUAUGAUCCUGUAAGUAGACAGGUCUACUGGACAGACUUUGGUAUUUCCAGCAUUCAACGUGUCUUUUUGAAUGGCACUGGCUUGGAAGUUCUUGUCAGCAAUAUUGACGAGGUAGAUGGUUUGACCCUUGAUAUUGAGAACCGUCUAAUGUACUGGACCGAUGCCGGAAAGGACUUGAUAGAGAAAGCUACGAUGGAUGGAAACAACAGAAUGGUGGUUGUUAGUCUCACAGACUCUUUAGGUACAACAGAAGUUAAACCAAGAGCUAUCAUUCUGGACACCAGCAACAGCUAUCUGUUCUGGACGGAUUGGGGUACUGCACCAAAGAUUGAGCGCGCCAACACAGAUGGAUCUGAUCGUAUGAUAUUGGUCGAUACGGGUCUGGGCUGGCCAAAUGGCCUGGCUAUGGACUCUCAAGGUGAUCGACUCUACUGGUGUGAUGCUACAACAGACAAAGUAGAAUCCUCAGAUCUCAAUGGACAGGAUCGUAGAAUAAUUGGAGAUUUUAGCUUAGACGACAUCCGGCCAUUUGACAUCGCUGUGUACGAUGGUUUUGUCUACUUGACUGAUAAGAGGUUUGGUAUUAUACGGUCAAACUUACAGAACAUCGCUAUAGAGCACUAUGGAACAACAGAGGUUGUGGAUGCUGGUGGUCUGCACAUUUAUGAAGUUCCCAAGGGUUGUGAGUCAGCGCCUUGUCUUAAUGAGGGAAUUUGUGUGAAUUCUUUAAAUGGCUAUACCUGUAACUGUCUUGCUGGAUACAGUGGAAGUAGAUGCGAAAUAGAUUUGGUUCAGUGCCAAGCAAUAUGUUCGGAUGGGGGAGAUUGUGAAUAUGGUUUAAACAACUUCACAUGCACAUGUCGUCCUGGGUUCAACGGAGCCAGAUGUGAUUAUGAUAUUGAACCACCAAUGGUUACUGGUUGUCCCAAUGACACCACUAUCCCUGUCACCAUGCAGUCAAGUCAAGUGACUCACAGCUGGAAUCCACCAGUGUUCACAGACAACUCCGGCACUCCCUUUGUAAGCUUUGGCUGCUCAUCGACUGGUUACUACUAUUGUCAUAUGUUUAGCUCGGGUAACUUUAGUGUUGGUAAGACCGAAGUGAUGUUUAAUGCCACCGACGGAGCAGGGAAUAAGGCAGAAUGCUCUUUCAUUGUCACAGUUACAGUGGUGGAUAUCAUCUGUCCAAUGAACUUGAGUGUUAUUGCUGAACCCGGUGACAAUAGUUCCAGUGUGGACUGGAAUGAACCGGUUGUAACCGGAUGGAACGGCCAAACAAGUUUGACAUCAUCUCUACCGCCCGGUACAUUCCUCAUAGGAAUUCACAAAGUGGACUACACUCAACGUUUUGAACAACAGUAUAUGGUGGUUUUGGAGUGUUCUUUCUUCAUAUCGGUUGGAGGUCAAUGUGACGUCAUCAGUUCACAUGAUUCAACUCUUGACCGUACUAUUAAAUGGCAGCCCACCGAGGCAGGACAAACUGCAAAAUCCUUUCAGAGAUGUACACUUAACACAACCAAUGCUGGUGAGCCAAUAGCCGUACGGGACUGUCUGGUGGUUGACCCACCUCUUUACUUUGAGUGGGAGGCAAACUACACGCUUCUCGACUGCGGUGAAGCCAUCAAACUCACCAUCGAAGAUGUUGCUGAUCGGGUUGAGGUGACUGAAGGUAAUGCUGAGGAAGUUGCUAUUUUUCUCAAAAAUCGGACACAAGACAACAGCGCCGUUGGUGACGAAGAGGUAGAGGUAGAAGAUGUGGCUGAUAUCUUGAUCAAAAUUGCGGAUGCUGGAUCUGGUAAUCCUGAGGUCGCAGUAGCUGUAGUAGAGACGGUCAAUAACAUCCUUGUGAAUCAGAACACCAACGAUGAUCUUGCUAACGACAACGGAGUCAGCUCAUCAGGGAUCGUUCAGUCAGUUGAGGCUCAGAUCAGUUCUACUCUUCAGCAGGAGGGCAUGGUUAGCAUACAGCAACCGAGCCUCCAUGUUGAAGGGGUAAGUCUAGACCCAAUGGAGGCCAAUGGUGGAUUCAGCUUUGUGUCGGUUCAACAACCCGGAGGGCCGCAGGAAAUCGGCACACUAGAAGGAACAGAAGUGAAGACCUUUAACACCAGUGAGAUACCCCCUGAUAUUGAGGUCGUCGCAUCCGCUCAGCUGCCUCAAAAUAUUGGAGAAAUAGUACGAUCUGUGACUGGUGAAAACUCCAGCCGACUGCAAGCCAGUUUCAUUGUGUAUGCUAGUGAUGACUUGUUCCAGUCCUCCUUGAUCCGAGAUAAUAACUCCAGCAUUGAGGUUGCUGGACCUGUUGUCUCUCUGACAGUAGAAGGACUUGACCUAGUGAAUCUUACUGAACCAUUGGUCAUUGAAAUACAGGUGUCAAACAAUGCAAGUACUCAUGACAACACAAGUUUCAGAUGCGUGUUCUGGGAUUUUACCAAAGCAGAUGGAGUUGGUGAUUGGUCAACAGCUGGGUGUGUUCUUGCAAGACAAACGGACAAUACAGUAUCUUGUAACUGCAGCCAUGCCACCAACUUCGCAAUCCUUGUGGAUGUGCAUGGACAAACAAAAACAGACGAUAAAUUUGAGCUCGCUCUUGAUGUUAUCAGCCAGAUUGGUAUUGUCUUGUCAAUCAUUGCUCUGGGUGCAACUUUGAUCAUCUACCUCUCAAUAAAAAAAUUGCGGACUGGUUUAUCACGCCAGAUUUUCAUCCACUUUUGUGUGUCCUUGUUGCUGUUGUAUAUCGUGUUCAUCGCUGGAAUUGACAGUGCUAGGGGUUCGGAAGGUGCUUGUGCAUUUGUAGCAGCAUUGCUUCACUACUUGGCCCUGACCACAAUGAUGUGGAUGGCUGUGGAGGCCAGGAACAUGUAUGUCAGCACUGUCAAGGUCUUCCCUGAAGACACAUCAAGAUAUAUACUCAAAGCUUGUCUUGUUGCUUGGGGGUCUCCACUGAUAGUUGUGACAAUAACGUUAGCAUCAGCUACACAAUUUUAUGGCAGCGAACACAAUUGUUUUCUUAAAACUGGUCUGGCAUUGACCCUUGGUCUCCUCGUUCCAAUUGCCCUCAUCCUCCUUCACAACAUCAUCACCUUCAUCUUGGUCAUGCGCAGCCUUCUUAAGAUCAAAGAAGCAUCCCGCUCUCAGCAGAUCUCCAAACGUCUCCAGAAUGCCAUCGGUAUCUCGGCUCUGAUGGGCUUGACUUGGGUCUUUGGGUUCCUGGCCAUCGGGACCUACCUUGCUAGGUUUGCCUUCCAGCUCAUCUUCUGCCUGGCCAACUCCUUGCAGGGUGUGGUUAUCUGCAUCAUGUUCUGCUUCAGACGAGAGGAGGUACGCACUGCCAUGGAACCCUGCUGGCGGCGUAUCUGCUGCGGCCGAACCUGCAAACUGCCUGCAUUCCAUUCUGAUAAGACGCACAAGAUGGAAGGGGUUACCUCGUCUACUGGACUCAACUCCCCAACUAGUGCUAAUAGCACUGCGCAGUAUGAAAUGUCUAUGUCUUUGUCUGCUGCCCCAGAGUAGUGUAAAGGUAAAGUAGGUCCUUGCUUUAUGUUAAAGGUAAUCAUGUUCUUGGAUUUGAACUGACCUCAUGCCAGUAUUGGAGUCAAGACCUCAGAGUCCGAGACCAAAACCGAGACCUCAUCUUCCGAAACCUUAUCUUCCAAUACCUCAUCUUCUGAGACCUAGACCUUACAGCCGGAGACCGAGACUGAGACCUCAAUGUUCGAGACUGAGAAAAAAGCCUCACAGUCUGAAACCGAGACUGAAGCCCGAGAGACCUUACAGUCCAAGACUGAGAACUUGACCAAGACCCAACAUUCUGAGACUAAGACAUUUUUUUUUAGAUCAAGACAGGACCAGACCUUCCAGUCCAAGACUGAGAACUUUUUUUCCUUUCCUUGAGGGGGAAUUUUUUUCAAGUUACUUCAAUGUACAAAGUUACACAAAAUACUGGUAAAUCAACUACGAAAAUAGAAAAGGCAGAUGGCAAAAGCUGGAAAUUUGAUGAUAUGCAUGGCAUUUAGUUAGUACAAAGCAAUAAAAAAGGCUCCCAUUUGGUAUUGAACUUGUCUAAGUUGUUAUUCUUAAAAAGGAUCAUUUUUUCUUAACAAAAUAAUGAUUUAUUUCUUUUUUGACCAGAAUAAACGAGGGCUUUCUGUCAUUCAUCUUCAUGCGAUAUAUAUGAAAACGGCAAAGAAAGAGAAUUACAUUUAGAGCAGACCAUUUUCUUUUAAGGACUCCAAGCAGCUUGGUCGCGUUGUCAAAAUUAAGAGAGAGACUGAGAACUUGACCAAGACCAAGUCUGAGACUGAAUUCGCGACUGAGACCAGACCUUAAUAGCCCGAGACUGAGACCAAAAAGAGCUGUGUUUGAGACAUGAGAAUGAGGCCAAGACCUUACAGUCUGUGACUGAGAAAGAAUUAUAUUUGUUUAAGACCAAAUGAGAACAUAUUUUAAGACUUUGGCAAAAAUCUAAAUAAAAGUCAGUACACACAUCUCAUCUCGACGCGCCAUUUUUUCCAAGCAUGCCGUGCUCGUUCAUAACCCCUUGAAUUUGUUCAUUAAAAUGUGCUAGAAUCCAGCACAAUUUAAUGGUUUCCUGUAAUCAAUCCUUUCUACGAGCGCACGCAUGUCUUUCGUCUUAAAGAAUGUUUUUGUUUUUGUUAAAAAAAAAAAAAUGUGUUCGUGCCAUUAAAGCGCGGGCAUAAUCAACAUGCAAAUAUCUUAGAACUACUUGCAUGCGCAGGUUAGAUCUAAUGCAUAACUAAUUUCAUGAGCCAAUCAGCGUUGUUUUUCAGUACAUCCCUUCCAGGGGUUAGUGAUGAGAGGUUUCAUAACGGUGUGCUGCCCAUGGUUGGUCCAUGACAGUUCAAAGAAACAAGAUGGUCACACCAUGGUAUGGUUGGAAUACGCGGUCUAAAUAGCGCCCUCGCUCCGGCAUCACGUGCUGCUGCAUUUUGCUCAUGAUCCUCCAUUUUUGGAAAUCCAAAUGAAGGCCUCAAAUUAACGGCACCCAGAGCAACUGCCAUGGUGCUCUGUGCUUUUGCUCUGUGCCCUUUGCAAAGUACCAAUACAAAUUUAUUAGUUUCCUCAUAAAAGUUCCCCUUGCCAGAGGGAUCUACUGUGUCGCUUCAAGAGCGAAAUUCCUGAAAGCCUGUAAAUAAAUGUAAAUAAGGUGUUGGUGUAUCUAUGCGCGUGCUGCCUAAACUCGCAAACUCAACCGCAUGUAGGGAAUCUGAUUUCUAAGAUGGCGUUAAAA